CGCGUCGUUUCAGUGACACAGAUCCAUAAAUCAGACCACCCCAAAUUCCACCCGCCGCCCCCCCAAAAAAUGGCUUCCACCACGGCGGCGAUGAUGUCAGCUCUCCUCCUCCUCUUCCUCGCCACUGCAACCACCGUCACGGAAGCACAGGGCGGCGGCAGCAACGCGCCCUCGUGCGCCUCGAAGCUGAUCCCCUGCGCAAGCUACAUCAGCAACACCUCCGUGACCCCGCCGGCGAGCUGCUGCGAUCCGAUCAAGGAAGCCGUGCGGACGGAGCUGCCUUGCCUCUGCAACCUCUACAACACUCCCGGCCUCCUCGCUUCCUUCGGGAUCAAUGUCACCCAGGCCGUAGCUCUCACCACGCGCUGUGGCAUCAGCGCCGAUACCAGCUCUUGCAGCAGAGUUACGCCCGGUGGAGCAGGUUCCCCUGCAGCCAGCGCCGUUCCACCGCCACCGCCAGGGUCAAGCUCCAACAGCGGGAGCAGGAUGAUGGCAUGGACUGGAGCAUGGAGCUUGGUCUUGAUAUGGGUUGCAUCGUCCUCGUUUUAGAAACAUUAUUAUUAUUAUUAUUAUUAUUUUCUAGUGUCUGUGACAUUUAAUUUGUAGAGGCGAUGGUGGGACUGGGAGGCCCAGAGGGGAGUGAUGAGUGAGAUUGUUUGUGGAUUAUGCUGAAGGAGGGAGAGUGAGUGAUUAUGUUGUUUUGUUUAUCUUAAGGGUGUGUGGGUAUUAGUGGCUAAUAUUUCGAGGAUGUUGUUUGUUGUGCCUUAAUAAUUUUUUGAUGAUUCAGACUAUUGUUGUUCCACUCUCCCGCGUCUUGCAAUAAUAUUCCUCCUUCAGCUGAUGCACAUGAUUGGGGUGUUAGCCUCACCCUACAUAUCAUUGAUCUCGUUGGACUCGACUUAAUAUUUGGGUGGGGUUAGUUUAUCUAUAGAGUCAAUUUAACGUUGUGUCAUCUUUUAAUUCGGUAAGAGUCAGGUACAGUCGAGUUACUUUUUUGCCCCUAUGAACAAUAUAUAGUAACAACUAAUGGUUUGAAAUUGGGAGUGGAUAGUAUACCACCAACCUAGACCUUUUGUAAAGUUUUAAUUAAGUACUAUAAUGCAAGGUGAAAGUAUAAAAUGGUACUCAAAUAUAAUUUUACGACCCAAAAUUCUGGACCCAUUUGUAAGAAAUAAGUUUUAGAUACUAAUUGUAAAAAAUUGGGCAACAAAAUGUAAUUUCCAAAAAUAAGUUUGUUGAUUGAUUUGAGUCAUCCUGGUGGCUUGGCCCGCUCCCGCUCGAGCGGGUCAGACAGGGUCAAGGAGGAAACUUGCAUUGGGAGGGAGGGUCAGUUUUAUAAAUUGCCAUUGUGAGCCGGUCAAACCGGGUUCUUACAAGUCAUAGAAGAGUUUGGACAAAGUUUCAACACUAUCCAACUCAUUAAAAACUUAUUUAUAAAAUUACAAUUUAGUAUCUAUAUAAUUUAUAUUCUACAAUUUUGUAUCUAAUUAUUUUUAUAUUUUCACAUUGAAUAUAAUUUAAAAUUUUAU